UUUACAAAUUCUCACGAAUUUAUGUAUACACAUUGAAGCUAAACUAGCUAAGUAUACACGAACAAGGAAAUAUAUAAAUUCUCACAUUUUGUUGUAGUUGCUUCGUUGUUUUGGCGUGUUUUGAUCAUCAUAUACAGUGUUCCCCCUUUUCGUUGGUAGAUAUCAUUCAAAUUCAUGCAACAGUGGUAAGAUACAAAUUAACCGUUGUAGCACACGAAUAUGCAAAAUAAAUUGAAGAGGGCAAGCAAACCUUCACCCAAAUUUUUAUUAUAGCUGGAAAAAUAGCUAACUCGCACUCCUUGGUUUUAUUUGAAAUUUGUUUCGAUUGAAAUCUAGUAGUGUAGUUGUGUUAAAUUGGAGAAACGGGAGCAUACCUAAAACUCGCGGCGGAGGAGGUGGCUGAGCAGUAAACGGCGACAAGGAGCUUUCUUCGUUAGAAACUUUAUGGAUUUCUGUGUACACUGGUGGGGUUUUGGUGACGAGACAGCUAUUUUGUUUUCCCGCUUCGUUCGAAAAUGUCUUUCCAUUUGAAUUUAACUACUGUAGCUUCAGCGCCUUUCAAUAGUUUGGUUGCUUGGUGUAGGGUUAUGAUAUUUUGUAUAUGCUGCAGAAUUGAGUGGUGCUGUUUCUAAUUUAUGAUUUUUGAGUGUUCCUUGCUUUGUGUCGAUUGAUUUUACUGUAAACAUUUCUUCGUCAUUGGAAUUUUGCUAAUUUGUUGAGUUUUUUAGCUGCAUCUUUUUGUGUUGUGUAUGAGGCUGGCGCUGUACAUGUAAGUAUUUGUGCUGCUCGUUGAAUGCACCGAAAGUGAUGCUCAUAGUGCUGAUUAUAAGAUAUAACUUCAUAAUAGUGUUGCUUUGAUUGAUGAUGGCGUAAUUUUUGAUAUGAUAGCAAAAUUCUCUUGAAUAAAAAGCUCUGUGUUGUGAAGUAUCUAGGUGAUGAGUUAAUUCUACAUGCUUUAGAUGAGAAAAUUUACCGGUGGCGUAUUUCAAAGUCAUGUCAGGAUGUGAUUAAUUAGGCGCCGAUGAUGUGAAUUAGAAAUGUGGGCAGCUAGUGUUGGGAGUUUGGUCAAUGGUUGCACACCACCUUCUCCCACUGCUCUUGAGUUUUGAUUGUGUGAAAAGUAUGGUUGAAACAAUGAUUUGUGUGUUACGUAUCACAAGCUGCAUAUGGCUGUGAUUCGUAGGAAUGCUAUCGUUGAACUUUCUAUUUCUCGUUCUUAGAUGAUGCUUUUUCAAAAGAUUUGUUGCUAAAUUGUAAAUUUAUAAAAUGUUUAUUUGUUGAGCUUAAUUAAAGGAACUUACCCUCUCUUCUCUGUUUCCUAAAAGUUACAUGUCAUGACUGGAUUUGUAAUGGGGGAUCAUUUCAUGGAAGAUACUCCAAUUGGAGAAGGGUGUUCCCAGACUCUUUUUAAACUGACAAAGGAUAAAAGAAUUAUAAGUUGUGCAGCAUGUGUCAAUCCACCCAGCCAAAUGCCUGCAGUUUGGGACAUAACUUCCAUUGUCAGGAAAGACAAGGUCAGAUUUCUAUCUUCACUGCCUGGUUUUUCUAUAAUACCAGCCUGUGAAGAUUCCCAUCAGGAAAAAGAAUGGGGGCAGUUCUUGGAUUUCCUUCAGAAGCAUAACAGGGUUGCUAUAUCCAACUUCGGAUUGUUUGAAUUCUACAUACUACCUCCCCUUGAACGCUCAAGAUCUGACCUUGCAACUGUUCGAUACAAAGGGAAAACAUCAAAAACAUCUCCAGCUGGAGCAGGGGUUGCUGAUUCUGAUCAAAUAUCUCCGCCUACAUCUCAAUCUCAGGCUGGUGAGGUUGCUAUGUCGAUCUCAAACCUUUCUCAGGAUAAAUAUUCUCCUAAGAUACAUUGUGCAGAAGUAAAUGGAGAUUCCUCUUCUGAUUUGUCAGCUAAAGCUAGCAGUCAAUUAGGAAAUUCUGUUGAAACAGUUAAAUCCUUUCAGAGAAAUUAUGUAACAGCACAUCCCAGUUAUCUGAAAACACUUGGUCAAGCACAUUCCAGUUGGAUAUUUGGGGCAGUUGCUGAGCUUGUUGAUAAUGCAAGGGAUGCAAAAGCAACCAAACUGGAAAUCGCUAUCAAUAAGUUCUAUUCUAAAAUUGCUUGCAAAGAAAUUCCUAUGUUAUCAUUGAUCGAUGAUGGCCAUGGAAUGAGCCAUGCAGAUAUCCAAAGAAUGGUAUCAUUUGGCCACGGGAAAACUGAAGUAGAUGACCCCAAUCAUAUUGGAAUGUAUGGAAUUGGGUUUAAGACUGGCACUAUGCGACUAGGAAAGGAUGCCUUGGUUCUGACCCAGACAACUAACUCCAGAUCAAUUGCAUUCCUCUCGCAGUCGCUGAAUGAAGGCAAAGAUAAUCUGGAGAUACCCAUUGUAAGCUACCGCAGAGUUGGGCAAUCCAUGGAAGUGGACACAGAUGUCCAGAAUAAGGAUGCGGCUAAGUUGUACUUGAAGAUUAUUAAAAGAUAUUCCCCAUUUGAUAAGUAUCUUAUUGGUGAAAAAGUGGGUGUCUUUGGGGCAGAUGGUACUGGAACACAAAUUUAUAUAUGGAAUCUGGAUGAAUGGGGAUCAGAUUAUAGUUUAAAAUGGGAAGCUGGGUUCACUGGCGGGAGUUCGUUUCAUCAGGGUGGUAUAUUCAUUCGGUCAAGGAGGACAAGAUGCCGUCCAGGGCAAAUGUCUUUGUCGGUUCCUUUGGACUACUGUCUGAAAUCGUAUUUGGAGGUGAUAUUCUUAGAUCCAAGGAUGAAGAUCUAUGUACAGGGAGCACUGGUUAGAAGUCGACCCCUUGCAAAAUCAUUGAGUAAGACUACUGUUGAAAAUGGCACCAUCUUAGGAAAACCAGUUCAACUUACUCUUGGCUGUUCUCAAUUGGAAUGGGAGCAAGCAAAUAGUGGAAUAUUUUUAUAUUGGCAUGGACGUUUAAUUGAGGCUUAUAAGAGAGUUGGAAGCAUGAUUCACAAUGGAGAUUGUGGACGUGGCAUCAUUGGUGUGGCUGAUGUUACUAAAAUAAUGGACGAUGAGAAUGGUUGUGUCUGGGUGCACAGCAACAAGCAAGGGUUCCAAGACUGUGAAGCCUAUGUUGAACUGGAGCAGUGGCUGGGUGAAAAAGCGAAUGAAUAUAUAGACAAAUAUGUUGAUAAGAUUCAAUUGAGAAAGGGUAAUGCGUCAGUCAAACCUGAUCAUGAGUGGGUGCAGUGUGACAAAUGCAGAAAAUGGAGGAUGCUAAGCACUGAUUUUGAAAGCAAGACAUUACCUUCACAAUGGUUCUGUUACAUGAUGCCUUUUAAUGGUCUCUGUGAUACACCAGAAGAAUCAAUCACAGGUGGAACAAUUACAAUAUCAACCAAGCGCCACGGUUACAACACAAAAGAUCCAAGAAACGGCUUUCGUGAAAGAGAAGCCAUUAAAUCAGAAGGCAUUAGUAACUAUGCUAGUGAUUCGGAAGAGGACGAUUUGAAGGUCUCUGUAAAGCGGCAGAUGCGAUCAUCUCUUCCAAGGUUCUGUAAGAAGAACGGAUGAUGUGAGGUUUAACACACACCCUUUUUGCUUCCAUUCAUCGCCAUUUUGUAUCGUAGCUCCCAGAUCCGGGAAGAACACUCCCUAUCUAAUCUCACCACAAUAUAAACCGGUGACUCGAUUUUAGUCCUUUUCGUAGCUAUUUGUGUCAAUGAUUUUGACAAAAUCUGAACUUGCAACCUGACUGGGUUAGAGCAGAUUCUGUGAGAGAGUAGAUGCUUCACGAGUAUUUUAGAGUACAGAAGUAACAGAAGUUGUUCAUAGUAGUGUGACAUGAUGCUUCAGCUGUAUUAUCUCUUUUUUCAUCCAUAGAGGUUUAGUAGGCUAUUAUCUCAUUUCAUCAUAAA